AUGCCCCGUUGCCUAGCAGAGGGACAGCUCAGCGCUCUGCUGGGCCAUGGCUGCAAAAGAUCGGAGAGCCAGCAGCGUCUUCAGCGUUUCGUCAGCAAGAGGACUGGAUUCAGCGGGAUCCUGCUGACUCGGUGCCAGAUCUGCAACUCCAAAGAAGCAGCUGCAGCCGCUGCAGAGGUGGGGGUUGAGUGUGCGUGGGGUUUGCUAUCCCUGCUGUUGGUUUGCAUCAGUCGCUCGGAGGCCGAGCAGCACCUGAAGCUGGCCGGGAUGUCCGACUGCCUCUUCUUGCUGCGACAGUGUCUCCGCAGUCUGGGCGGCUACGUCUUGUCUAUCGUGUGGAACCUGGAGUUCCACCAUUACUCCGUCGAGAAACAGCUUAACGGGACUUACUGCAUCACAGGAGGGAAGCCUCACUGCGGCCCCGCAGAGCUCUGCGAGUUUUACAGCAAAGACUCCGACGGCCUGGUGUGCCUCCUGAAGAAGCCGUGUCUGCGCUCCCCGGAUACGCCGAUCAAGCAAGGCGUGUUUGACAGUCUGAGAGAAAACAUGCUGAGGGAGUACGUGAAGCAGACCUGGAAUCUGGAGACGCCCAGACUUCCCGGAAGGCCACGCGGCGCCAAUGGAUACACACCGCCACCUCAAGCUCUUCCAGUGGUCAAAAAGACUACUGUGCCCGAAGACCACGACCUUCUCCCCAUGGACUGCAAUGGAUUCAACCCGUAUCACAACCCCAAUGAUAUCAAGAGGUUCAACAUCCAGAGGUCCGACCUGCUGAUGGACGACGAGGUGGAGCUCGGCUCUGGGAACUUUGGCUGUGUCAAGAAGGGAGUCUUCAAAACAGAAUCGGGUCAGAUAGACGUGGCCGUCAAGGUGCUGAAGAACGACAACGAGAAGCUGGUGAAGGAGGAGAUGAUGAGGGAGGCAGAGAUCAUGCACCAGCUGAGCAACCCGUUCAUCGUGCGCAUGCUCGGCCUGUGCAACGCAGACUGUCUGAUGCUGGUCAUGGAGAUGGCUUCUGCCGGACCGCUGAACAAAUUCCUCUCCUCCAAAAAGGAUACGGUAUCGGUGGAGAACAUUGUGAACCUGAUGCACCAGGUGUCGAUGGGCAUGAAGUAUCUG